AAAUUCAAUAGCACAUGGGACGAGUUCAACGAAGUACAAGCCAAAAUCGAGGCUGCCGAAGAUGCAGAACAGGUUAGUGAGAAUCAAUUGGAGGAAAGGACAGCCUUCGAAAAUAGCAUGAUAGAGCAGAAUGCCGUGUUGCCUGACGUGCAGAAAAUGCAGUAUUUGAUGUCGUCACUUAAAGGAGAAGCGCACGAUGUAGUGAGUUCUUUAGAGGCAUCGGCGGAGAAUUACAGAGAAGCAUGGACAAUGUUGAUGGAGAGAUACGACGAUCUAGGAUUGAUUAUCGGGAGACAUGUGGAAGCACUGUUUGAGUUACCUGCCAUGAUCAAGGAUAAUCACCUCUCAAAAGACCUACAAAUAAUUGGGACGACUGAUACAUUUGGAAAUGAUACAUUUGGUGACCAGCAGGUUGGAUCAAUCGACAUAUCGAGAAUAGGAAACUACGGUAGUAUGAGAGCAUUAGAGGCAACAGCCCGUUCAUCGAAAUCAACAAGUUCCCAAGAAAAGACGCUUCAUAAUAAAAGUACGACAGCUAAUGUGGCGACCACUAAAAAUACAUGCGCAUUCUGUCAACAAGAGAAUCAUGCUAUAUACAAGUGCAAGGAGUUUUUGGCACUAAACAUAGAUCAAAGAGUGAAGGAAGCAAGGACACGUAAAUUAUGUUUAAAUUGCUUGAAAUGCCAAGCCAAGGAGUGUCUAGCAGAAACAUGUCGCAAGUGCAGCAAGCGUCAUAAUACACUACUACAUUUUGAGCAAGCUUCAAAAAAUAAUUCGGAUUCUGAGCCUAAAACGAAGAAUUCUGAAAAUAAAGAGAGCACGAGUCCCGCAACGGUAAAUCACGCAGCCAUAAAUCAAGAACAAGUUUUAUUGACAACCGCACUGGUAAAUGUGUCAAAUACCAAAGGAGAAACGAAAUCAAUUCGUGCACUUCUUGACAGCGGAUCUCAAUCUUGCUUCAUCACGGAAGAUUGUUGCACGGAACUUGGAGUCAAACGUCAAUCCACUAACAUGCCGAUUUGUGGAUUGGGAGGACAAGCCGUAUCAACCAGAAGUCUAGUGAAGAUUAUCAUACAAUCCAGAACCACGGGUUAUAGGAAGCAGUUAGAUUGUCUGGUGGUGGACACGAUUACACAGCGACUUCCUAUCAAUGAAAUAAGCAAGAGUGACAUAAGAAUACCACGCGGAAUUACAUUAGCUGAUCCACAAUUCAACCAAACCUCGAAGAUAGAUUUGCUGAUAGGAGCGGAGAUAUUUUUCGAUUUAUUAUGUAUCGGCAGAAUAAAGGUAACUGAAAAUCAGCCAACUUGGCAAAAAACAGUUUUUGGUUGGAUUGCCUCAGGAAACUGCAUAACAGGAGAUCAAUACAUGAAGUCUACAGUAUGCAACAUGAGUAUGAACGAUCAAUUGAACGCAAGUCUUAUGAAAUUUUGGCAACUUGAAAGCUGUGAAAGGAUAGCAACGCGAACCCCGGAGGAGCGUGCAUUCGAGAAUCACUUCAUGCAAACCCACAAGAGAGACAGUGAAGGCAGAUUUGUGGUAACAUUGCCGAUCAAGAUGGAUGUAUUGAAGAAUUUGGGUGAAUCCAAAGAGAUUGCGGUGCAACAACUGUACAGCUUGGAGAGGAGACUCAAACGACAACCACAAUUCACAAGGGAAUAUGUAGAAUUCAUGCGGGAGUACCAGAGGUUGGGACAUAUGCGAGAGCUUCAAGAACCC